AAAAAAAAAAAAAAAAAAAAACUCCCAUGAAUGAAAUGGAUUGUUUUCCUGAAGUUAAAGGGCUACUACAUCGUAAUAAAUAAUGCACCUAUCCAUACAUCCAAUCAAAUUGACGAGGAUGGUAGUUGCAAAGGAGAGCGGUACAAAAGUGUCUACCUCCCUCUCUCUCUCCCUCCCUCCCUCCCUCCUUAUUCUCCCUGAGCUUAACCUCCUCCUCUCCAAAUAGGAGAAUUUUGAGUAAUUGUCAAAAAUAAGAUUAAGUGUAGCUCAUUUGAAGCUACUGAGGAUUUGGCUACUCGAAUUACUGAAGCUUGUAACUUUGUUCCUCCUAAAGAUCAGCAAGCACUUGCUCAGCAC